CAUAACCGUAUCUUCUUUUGUUUGUUUGAUUUUCUCUUUUUAAUUAAAAGGUACGCGAAACAGGGGAAGUUUCGACAGACGCAAAACACUCGCAUCUUAAGCAAGACACGUGUUGACUUCCUGUGGCCAUGCAAAUUUCGUCACGACGCGUACGGGAAUUUUAUUUCGGAGAAAAUGUGUUUUACAACUGUAACAGGUAUAUGUCAAAGGAAACAAAGGGCAAGUCGUCGUGGAGGGUUUCAAGGAAAAACCCAUCUUACUCCAUUCGAGGUGGGUUUUUAUGCCAACCCGACGGCCAUGGGGUCUUUCCCAGUUUAUGCUAAUGCACUGACGCAUCACAAGAAAGUUCAUCCUUGAUAACAUCUGGAAAAAAAAAACCUUGCAUCGCUCACGGGAGAAAGGAAUCAACAUACGGUGAGGCAAAACAAAUGAGUUGGAGACAUUCUCUUUUUUAAUCUUUAAGGUCGACCGUAUAUUUUGCAUGCCAUGUUUGAAAAUUACCUUGUUUUUUUUUAAAUAUUAUUAUUAUUUUUUAAACCAGGGACAAUGGAAUACCAGAAGCCUGCUAUUUCCUACCUGCAUAAUCUGUCUAGCAAUGUUCCUCGUUAGUUGUCCAAUAGGGGGAGUAGUUACAAGGACAGAGAACCAGUUUGAAUUGAAUCGGAGUGAAUGACGUACAUCUACGCAAAACAUUAGAAUACGUAGAUAUGCAUAACCGGAAUGGCUGUGGGCGUUCAAGUGAAAAUCCCGACCAUAGUGCUGGGUUAUGUAGUAUAUAUCAGCAAUGGUCGCGGAACGAAGACAGUGCACAGUCGACUCUCGAGUGCAACAGUUUUCAUUUAGCGGUGGCUCAAGGAACAACAACACAUUGUCACUGCUCUCAUUCGAGUCUCCUGCCUUUUUUUUUUGGUGCAACCGUCACGCUAACUUUAUAUUGUUUCCGUAAAAAGUCAAAAUCAUGGCCGUUUCGAAUACUAAGGAGAAAACCACAAACAGGGAAUCGCAUGCGUCCCAACAACCUGUCGGAUUUUCCAAUUCCGGAUUCGUUCAAGACAAUGGAUUUUCUUCCAGCGUUCCAGCUCUUGACCGAAUGGUCCCGUCAGUUGUCCAGGUGUCGCCGAUGGCGAUGGAUGACGGACAAGCCGCUGAGCGACAGACUUGGGGAAAUCCGGUCGAGUUUCUAAUGUCUUGCAUUGCCAUGUCUGUCGGCUUAGGUAAUAUUUGGCGUUUCCCGUACAUUGCGUACAAGAACGGCGGCGGAGCGUUCCUCAUUCCUUAUUUAAUUGUUUUGCUUGUUAUUGGCAAGCCGCUCUACUUUUUGGAAAUGGCCGUGGGACAGUUUUCGAGCUAUGGUUCAGUCAAGGUCUGGGAAAUGGUGCCCAUCUUGAAAGGUGUGGGCUAUGGUCAAGCGCUGGCGACGUGGUUCGUCGUCACUUUCUAUUGCGUUUUAAUUGCCAUAUCGUUAUUCUACUUCUUCGCAUCGUUCCAAACGGUUUUACCUUGGACGGUGUGCGAUGUUAAUUGGGCCUCGUUCUCAACGUGCUACAACAGCAAUGCAAACUCCAGUCUGACUGACUUUAACACAACCGGAUUCAAGUCUUCGUCUGACAUCUAUUUCAACGAUGAGGUGAUGAAAAAAAUUAAUUCAAUCGACGAUGGCAUCGGAUCGCCCGACUGGAAAUUGUCCCUCUGUUUGCUUUUAGCGUGGAUCAUCGUUUGUGCAAUUCUAAUGAAAGGGGUUGAAUCCUCAGGAAAAGUUGCCUAUUUUACAGCCCUCUUUCCAUAUGUUGUUCUGAUCACGCUUCUCAUUCGUGGUGUCACACUGGAAGGUGCCUCUGAUGGCAUUCUCUAUUUUAUCAAACCCGACUGGCCAAAACUGCUCGACGUCAACACUUGGUACGCUGCCGUUGGACAAUGUUUCUUUUCACUGUCGGUCGGUUUCGGUCCCAUAAUCAUGUUUUCCAGUUACAAUUCGUUCCGACAAAAUAUUUACAGGGAUGCUAUGAUUAUUAGCUUCAUGGAUACAGCGACCAGCUUCCUCGGUGGUGUCACAAUCUUCGCCAUUUUGGGCAACUUGGCACACGAAUCGGGAAAGAACGUGACCGAAGUUGUGACGGUUAGCACCGGGUUAGCGUUCGUUAGUUACCCAGAUGCCAUUGCAAAGUUCCAGUACGUUCCACAGCUAUUUUCAGUGCUUUUCUUCGUUAUGCUCUUGACAUUGGGAGUUGGUAGCGCCGUGUCAUUAACCGGCUGUGUCGUCACCAUUAUUUGCGACGAUUUUCCUCACUGGAAACGCUGGAUUGUCGUCACAGUUGUGGGCGUCAUCGGAUUCUUUUCUGGAUUAGUUUACGUCACUCCCGGAGGUCUGAUUAUUAUGGACAUUGUCGGCACCCUUGGAGGUGAUUUCAUUAUUUACCUGAUGGUCGUCGUUCAAACUGUCGGCAUCUGCUGGAUCUACGGUCUGGAUCGUUUCAUUCGUGAUAUUGAAUUCAUGUUGGGAAUCAAACUCAGCGCCUAUUGGAAACUCACUUGGGCCUACAUCAUCCCUCUUGUUUUGAUUUUCAUUUUCUGCUAUGCGAUGGCUACCUACACACCGUUGAGAGAAGGCGAUUACGUCUAUCCUUCAGCAGCCACGGGCUUUGGCUGGUUUCUGGCGGCAUUAGCCCUGCUUCAGUUACCUUUGUGGGCAGUGUACGUCGUCUACAAACAAGAAGGAUUCACUGUAAUUGAGCGGAUCAAAAAGAGUUUGAAACCGACCAAAGAUUGGGGACCAAGAAAUCCUGCCCAUCGUCUGGAAUGGCACAAAACUCAAAAUCCUCAUUACGUGGAAAGUUACGCUUCCAGGAUAUGGGUGCCCAUACUCCCGCGCUUCUUCCCGCGUCUCUUUAAUCAGGAUUGAUUUUGCUGUGAUAUGUCAGUGAAAGGCUAUCGAUGACUCAUGUUUGACUAUUGCUAUAAUUAAUUGAUCAUGUUUCGGCAUUAGGUUAACCAUAAUUUUUAUAUUUAUACAUCGAUCGCAGCCUUUUUUUUUUAUGCGCAAUUUGUUACUCUCUCUGUUCUAUAUUUGUUUAAUCGAUUUCCGAUUUGGUGCCUAUAUCUAAUGGUACAAAUAUUUAAGGCCAUAUUUCACCAACGAACAGCGUUAAUCCGACCACUAUUUUCAAUAUCGUUGUCUUAUUUUGGUACGUUUUAAACCUUUAUCACACUGUAAUUCAUCAAAGUCUUUCAACACGAUCAAAAACUAUUAAA